CUUUGCCUUUGCCUCCGGCUUGUAAACUACAGGGUUGUAAGAUAACAUGUAUGUAAGUGUAACAUAAAAGUAAAGCACGGCUAAAGCUGAACGCAAGCAGGAUGUCUCAGAAAGCCAUGCAAGUUGUGGUGGAACUUCAUCUCAGAGCGGUGACUUGUCCGGGGGUGCACCUGCAGGCUAAAGAUGACGUCUACCUGAGCGUGUGCCUGAUGAAUCAGUACCGGCAGUCCGAGUGCCUACCUGCAGUCUUCCCCUUAUUUUUACAUGAGAAGAUGAGGUUUGAAAAAGUCUUCUGGCAUGCCUCAGACCCUGGAGCAUUGGCUGACAUUCUCGAGUCUGAGAUAGCCAAAGUGGAGCUGAUUCAGCUGACUCCCCCAGUGGGUGAGUCGCUGGCCAGUUUUGUGGAGGACGCGCGCAGCUUCCUGUAUCCGGAGCCCAAGCUGGUUCCGCCCGCGGGGGGAGUGGACCGGGCCGUGCUCAUGAGCCGAGGACCCGCCUUCCUGGUGAGGUCACAGCACCUUUGA